CGCUAUCCCAAAAGUGAAAGAUAAUUGGGCCCCACAGAAGAGUUUAGGCGGGCUUAUCCGGCGUAGCACCGGAGCUCUAAUCCUCCUCCCAUGGCCGCCGUCUCCGCCCUUUCCCUCCCAUCUCCUCCUCCCCCCCGUUCCCCGCGCACGUUAGCAUAUCCUGCGCUCAGAGCGGCGCGGGCUAGCAGCUCUACGCCGUCGUCGACUGGUCCUGAGGCCCUCGUCGAGAUCGAGAAAUCUCGCGUCAUCGCCUGCCUUCGAGCUGAAGAUGGCUUGCUGGCAAUGGAAGCUGCUCGAGCUGCUCUCAGAGGUGGCGUCUCUGUUCUGGAGGUUGCGACGACCACUCCGGGCGCAUUGGAGGUUGUAAAGGGGCUCGUUCGAGAGUAUCCUUCGUCGACAAUAGGGGUUGGGACUAUCCUGGAUGCUAGAGAUGCAAAAGAGGCAGUUCAUGCUGGAGCCAAACUUCUCAUGAGUCCUUGUACGGUCAUGGAAAUACUUCGUGAUGUUCAAGAUGGUGAUGUUCUUUAUAUUCCUGGAGUAAUGACACCUACAGAAGUAUUAUGUGCAACUAAUGCUGGAGCAAAAAUUGUUAAGGUUUAUCCGGUCUCAACUCUUGGUGGUGAAAAAUAUAUAUCAGCACUCAAGAAACCCUUUUUUCAUGUUCCAAUGGUUGCUUCCCAAGGCAUUACAAUAGAUUCAAUGAGGAGAUACAUUGAGGGAGGGGCAGCAGCGGUGGUAUUAUCUGAUGCCAUAUUUGAGAAAGAAGCGAUGAAACAAAGGAACUUUGAUGCUAUAUGUAGACUUGCCAAGCUUGCAACUCUGCAAGGCUGUGGAGGCGGAAAAUGAUGCAUAUAAGCUAGGUGUUCUUUGGAAACCAUCAAAGAGCAUUUUCCAUUAUUGGCAAAAUUCGAACUGGGUAUAGGAGAUGAGAGGUCUUUCCCCAUGAGAGUUGAUAAAGAAAUACUAUUUUGCCAGAGUCGUGGGAACUGGAAUUUAAUUUUCAAUUUUCUUUUUCAAUACCAAACAUAAAGCUUUAGUAGAAUCUCAGUUCAUGGGAGCACAUCAACAGCCACUGCAGAUAUGGAUGUGCAAUCCACGCGAUGAACACCCUACCACCAUGGUCGGCCAAGGAUGCGAAUGAUAGUAGCCAGCUUCCACUACAUUCCAUCUGUUACCUGUAUGUUCUUUGAUUUCCAGUCUGGUGAGAGAUGUCCAUAAAUAAUUUUUCUAUAGUUGUGAUCUAUACUAUAUUGUUACAUUUGUAACUAAAAGAAUCAAUUAUGGAAACAAACUGCACUCUAGUUCUAUUUGGUAUGGAGAUCUGUAGAGUUUAUCGAUUUCAGAUAUUUUGCUUUAAAAAUUGUGCGCAGGCUUCAUCAGUUCAUGAUUAGUAUUCAAGGCGGCCGGUGGUUCCUGUUAAGAAUCUUGAAUUCUACCGAGGCUGAGCUUUCGGGUUUUGCAAGAUUUGUUUUAUUAGACAGAUUAAUGUAGCUUUACUUGAAAAUUUUUGAUAAAAACUUUUUAUUGUUUUGCUUUCAACGACUGGUAUCGUAGGAAUGUUAAAUGCUCUUAGAUAUUUAAUUUGCUGCUACUCACCUUGUUUUUUCCAGAUUGUCAAUUUGAUGGGUGCUCUGAUGAUACGCGGAUGAAAAAUGAAAUAGUCACGGUUAUUAUGCAUGGCACCGAUAUUAGAGAUGUGGUGGUGGGUCUCAACCACCGAGAAUGUGGAUCCUCUGGAUGUAUGUCAUAAGCAUGCAUUGUGAUGUGUGUAGCACUAGACCGUAUUUGGAUUCUCUAGGACGAGUCACCUAGGAGAUAGAGAUUUCAGAUUGUUACAUGAUCUAUUUGACUUGAUGAUAUUGUCAUUUUCGAUUUGUUAAUUUAGUAUACUUUGAUGUGA